CUGCUACCUAGUUCCAUGAAGAGAUGCUCUUAUUUGAAGUAUGAUAGCAAUUGGUGAUUUCUCUACGUCAAGAAUGCUCAGUCAAAGCAUAUACUCCUUCCAGCUCUAGUGACGAUCGGAUCUAAGGACAUCCUCGGCACUUGAUAACAAAUCCAAGCUCCCCCGCACUGCUAAAUAACUCAAGCUGAGUCCGCCCUUUCAUCUUCUCACUCCCCCUGAUCGCUAAGCCCCCUCCCUUACCCCAAUUCCAUCACAACUACAUAUCCUACAACUACGAAAGACUUCAACUGCGUCAAAAUGUCCAAGGCCGUCUUCCUGACCAAAACAGAAGGCAAACCGGGCCAAGUCUACUAUCCCCUCUCCGUGCAGGCACAGGCCGUCCCUACCCCACAGGGCCGCGAGUUACUCAUCAAGCUGACCGCGGCCUCGCUCAACCACCGCGAUGUCUUCCUACGCCAACAUUUGUACCCGGGAGUCACGUUCGAUGUCCCCCUUGGUGCCGACGGAGUGGGCAUGGUGGUCGGGGCGGGUCCCGAUGUCGCUGACCCGCAGCGCUGGCAGGGGAAACGAGUGAUCCUGAAUCCCGGGGUGGGCUGGGACAGCUCGCCGGAUGGCCCGGAAGAUCCCAAGGGGUAUCGGAUCAUGGGCGGAACGAAACUGUACAACAAGGGGACGCUGCAAGAAUAUGUGGCUAUCGAGGAGUCCGAGGUUGAGGAGGCGCCAGAACAUCUAUCGGAUGCGGAGGCCGCGGCGCUUCCUUUGACGGGGUUGACCGGGUGGCGGGCGUUGGUGGUCAAGGCUGGCGAGAGAAAUUCGGGCAAGGGGGCGGCCAUCCUGGUGACGGGGAUCGGAGGUGGGGUGGCUCUCAUGGUUCUGCGAUUUGCGGUGGCCAGGGGAGUCGACGUGUAUGUGACCAGCUCGAGCGAGGAGAAGAUCAAGAAGGCGGUUGAGCUGGGCGCCAAGGGUGGUGUGAAUUAUAAGGAGGAAGGAUGGGAAAAAAAGCUGCUGGGUCAGCUUCCCCCCGGAAAGGCGGCUUUCGAUGCGGUCAUCGACGGUGCUGGAGGCGAUGCAGUCGAAAAGGCUGUCAAGCUACUCAAGGCUGGCGGCAUCCUCUCGGUCUAUGGAAUGACGGUCGCGCCCAAAAUGCCUUUCUUGAUGCAAGCGGUGCUAAAGAAUAUUGAGGUGCGUGGGUCUACGAUGGGCUCACGCAAAGAGUUUAGAGAGAUGGUCGAGUUUGUGAGGAGCCAAAAGAUCCAUCCUGUUGUCUCGCGAGUAGUUCAAAGCGACUUGGGCGACAUUCCGGCACUGGAUGAUCUUUUCCAGGACAUGAAGGAGGGCAAACAAUUCGGCAAGCUGGUCUUCGAAUUCGGCAAGGCGUCGGGAAGCAAACUAUGAGCUGUUACGAGAGGUAGUUAUGUAGCAACGGUUGACUGUGCGCGCGUCUCUUGGGUCACUUCUUCCAGGGCCACGCAGUAAAUUCUGGCAAACAGGCAGGUCGCCCUUUCCCUGUGUUGA